AGUGUCAUGUAAGUGAACUAAAGAAAACGACAAGGAAAUGUGCAAAUGUUUACUUGAUUCUCACAUAGUUCUUGUUUAUUACAAAUAUGUUUACUUUUUAUUUCAGUUUUUGGGUCUUUUGAGACAGAGUCUUCCUGUGUAGCUCAUACUACUCUUGAACAUACGAUCCUCUUGCCUCAGCUUCUGGAAUGCUAGAAUUACACAGGAAUUGCUUCACAUGGCUGCUGAAGGAGUGACCAUUACAGUUCGAAUCAUUCGUUCCUUUGAGCACCGCAAUUUCAAAUUUUUGGUGUAUCAUGGAAUUAGUUUGGAUCAGACUGUAAAGGAAUUUAUAGUAUUUCUAAAGCAAGAUAUUCCUUUGAGGACCAACUUGCCACCACCCUUCAGAAAUUACAAAUAUGAUAAACUAAAGAUUAUUCAUCAAGCACAUAAAUCAAAGACAAAUGAGCUGGUGUUGAAUUUGGAGGAUGAUGACCGACUUCUGCUCAGAGAAGGCAGCACUCUGAGAGAGGCAGGCCUUGCCAAUGAAACUGAAAUUGCAUUCUUCUGUGAAGAAGAUUAUAGGAAGUACAAAGUUAAUCCCAUCUCAUCCUGGUGAAAGGUGUCUCUGGGCUUCCUUUUUCCAUACCUACGCUAAGCUCUUUAUACCUGAAUUGACAAAUAAAUCUUAACACAUUAA